GAAUAAUCUUGGUGAAUUAGGAGGAAAAGCACUGGCUGAAGCUUUAUGCAAAAAUAUCACCUUAACUAAUUUAGAUUUAACUGAUAAUUAUCUUGGUGAAUCAGGAGAAAAAGCAAUGGCUGAAGCUUUAUGCAAAAAUACCACCUUAACUAACUUAGAUUUAAGAUCGAAUAAUCUUGGUGAAUCAGGAGGAAAAGCACUGGCUGAGGCUUUAUGUAAAAAUGUCACCUUAAAUAACCUAAAUUUAGGAUAUAAUAAAAUAGGCGAAUCAGGAGGAAAAGCACUGGCUGAAGCUUUAUGCAAAAAUAUCACCUUAACUAAUUUAGAUUUAAGAUAUAAUAAAAUAGGUGAAUUAGGAGUAAAGGCACUAGACAAAGCAAAAACGAUUAAAUAUAAUCGUUUAGUGCUACUAGAAUAA